GGCAACUGCCGGCCGUCACAAUCUUUCUCUGUCAGAAAAUUCGCCGCGGAGGCAGGGAGAGAAAACAGCCUCCGUUGUGAGGCGAGCCGCACCGAAAAGAAAUUCUGGACUUCUUUUCUACUUGGUAGUCGAGAAGAAGGGAAGUGCAUCAGGACGGUGCGAAAGGGAAAGAAAGGCUUUUUUUUUCAGCUCCCCCCGUCGCUGGCCUCCUUUGGUUUCGCCCAGGCUGCAGCCGAGCGUCCGGAUUAGGCGGCGAGUGCGCAGGCGCGGAGGCUGCCGGAGAGCGCGUGGGGUUCGGGGUUAGGUCCUUCUAGUGCCCUGAAGCAGGCAUCUGUGUCUGGAUCCACGAGCUGAACACCAUGGUGACGGAGAAGGAGGUCGAGCUGAUCGGCAGGAUCCUAGUGGACCCCAAACAGACCCUGACCGCUCGCUUCCGGGCACUCUUUACCCUACGCAAUCUCGGGGGGCCAGAAGCCAUUGAAUGGAUCAGCCAGGCCUUCGCAGACGACUCUGCUCUCCUCAAACAUGAACUGGCUUACUGCCUGGGGCAGAUGCAGGAUGAACGAGCUACUCCUGUCCUUGUUGAUGUGCUGCAAGAUACCCGCCAGGAACCCAUGGUCCGGCACGAAGCAGGUGAAGCUUUGGGAGCAAUUGGGAAUCCAAAAGUGUUGGAUCUCUUGAAGCGCUACUCGAACGACCCAGUCAUUGAGGUUGCGGAGACAUGUCAGCUUGCCGUGAAGAGGCUGGAAUGGCUUCAGGAGAACAAGACCAAGUCGCCUGGGGACAGCCCCUACUCCUCCGUAGACCCCGCGCCACCCGCGGAGGAGCAGGAUGUGGGGAAGUUGAAGGAAGUCCUCCUGGAUGACUCCCAGCCCCUCUUCGAGCGGUACCGGGCGAUGUUUGCCCUGCGAAACCUUGGGGGAGAAGCCGCUGUCCUGGCCCUGGCUGAUGGCCUCCGGUGUGGCAGCGCCCUCUUCCGCCACGAGAUCGCCUACGUCUUGGGCCAGAUGCAGCACGAGGCCUGCGUCCCGCAGCUGACGGCGUCCUUGGCGAGCGUGGCUGAGAGCCCCAUGGUGCGCCACGAGUGCGCCGAGGCCCUGGGCGCCAUCGCCAAGGCCUCCUGCCUGUCCACCCUGAAGACCUACGCCCAGGACAAAGAGCAGGUGGUCCGCGAGAGCUGCGUCGUGGCGCUGGACAUGUAUGAUUACGAGAACAGCUCCGAGUUCCAGUACGCCGACGGACUGAGCAAACUAAAAAGCUUGAACUGAAGGGGGGGGUCAGGGGCACCUGUCCUUGUCUGGGGGGCAUUUGCCCUGUGCCCUGUUGUUCUUCCUAGGUUGCCAUCCCCUGCAGCUUGGCUCUCUGUAGCACGGGAAGUGAAGUGGGGGAAGUUCCAGUUGCCCAGCUCGCUGAGUCCUUUCCUAUCUUGGUGGAGGGAGCUGUUACUUCUAAACUUCGUGGAUUUUCUGUUCUGUGGGUGAUUAAUAUAAUUUUUAAAAAUCAGUAGAAUGGCUUCCCCUUGGAAUUAUUUGGAAACUGGCUUCAGGGACCCUCCUCGUGCCAACCCUGGCACGCCCCAGCAGCUGAGGCAUUUCUCCAUCUUGCUGCAGGCAGGGAGUUCCUUGCCUUCCCAUUUUUGAGUGAAUGUGGCCCAGCUUUGAAAUCCAUCAAGCCAGAUCGCUUUGUCACCCUGUUAUUCCCAUGUUUUUACACUGCAUAGCCAUCACUUUUAAAAAAGCAGUUUGACUUCUCAUUUUUUUCUAGAACAAUAGGGACUAGAAGCUUACCAUGUUUAUCCCUUUGAGUCUGAGAAGAAACAGAGUCAGGCAACUAAGGUGGGAUGUAUUUCAGGGCUGCGCGCAGCUCUGCUUUGGGUGCCAAAAAUGCUAAUCAUGUGGCACUUUUUACCACAUUACCACCUCAGCCUAAGCUUGAUUUGCUUCCUAGCUGGCAGGGAUGCUACUCGGCUUUAGUUGAGCUCCAAAGGGUCUAAAUUGUGGAAGUGGGACCCCUGCAAGGGAACCGCAGAAGCUGCGAUGGGGAAAUAACGCGCUGGUCUUUCAUCAGAACACUUCUCCCGAGAACAGGGAAGCCAGCAGCUGUUGGAAACACAACCUGCACGUCAGAAGCUUGUCCCUUCUGUUAGGAGGACAUUCUGGGUGUUUUCCUAGUGGGGAGGGUGUAUAGCAGCUCUGGAAGUGGUGGGGUCUUUUCAUUGGCAAACUGGGUGUUUGUGGGCGCUUUUAAAGCUCUUUCAGGUGGGAGUAUAAGUUGCUGCAAAGCUCAGCCGGACCCCAUCCUGCGGCUCUUUUGCAAGAAGGUGGUAGCAAAACCCCAAUUUCUGUUUACAACUGCAGAGCAAGGUACUGGGAAAUAAAUCAUGGCUAUCA